UAUUCCCAGAAAUGGUGAAACUGUAUGAAAAGUAAUGUCAAAUGCACAGAGAAGGAUGGCAGAGCAAAUUUGAAGGAUAAAGCUUCCUGCAGGUCCUGUCAGAUACUCCACGUUUUAAAAGGUAUGAAGCACCCAGUAAGUCCUGACUACAUCUUUGAAGAUGGAAUUAUGAAUCCAUCUACUUUUCUAUGGGGCUUUGAAGAGAAAGGACUGAGGAAUGACAGACCAGACUAUCAAUUAAAUAAAGAAAAAAAGAAGAUACUAUUUUCCUUCUGUGAAGUGUGCAAUAUACAGCUGAACUCUCCAGCACAGGCUCAGGUUCAUUACAAUGGGAAAUCUCACCUGAAAAGAGUGAAGCAGUUGAAUAAUGGAAAACAACCUACAAACACAACUACAGGCACUUUGUUUGCAACCACAAGCACAGGCAGUACAUGUCACACUACUACACUUCCUGCACUUGUGCGCACUCCAACUCUGAUGAUGCAGCCUUCACUGGAUAUCAAGCCCUUCAUGUCCUUUCCUGUGGACAGUAGUUCUGCUGUUGGACUCUUCCCAAAUUUUAACACUAUGGAUCCUGUGCAAAAAGCAGUCAUAAACCACACAUUUGGAGUAUCCAUUCCCCCAAAGAAGAAGCAAGUUAUUUCCUGUAAUGUCUGUCAGCUUCGCUUUAACUCUGAUAGCCAGGCCGAGGCCCACUACAAAGGAAGUAAACAUGCCAAGAAGGUCAAAGCACUAGAGGCAACGAAAAAUAAACCAAAAGCUGGUUCUUCCAAGGACAGCGCAAAGGCUAACACAAGCUACUCCACCACGCCAGUCACAGCCAACAUCUCUGACAAAUCAGAAGAUAAAGGGAAAGCAAAAAGCAGUGGUGCUAAUCAACCUUCAAAUACUGAAGUGGGCCUGAUCCUUCCCAAACCUGGAGCUAUAACAUUAGCACCUAUAACAUCUACAUCAUCCUCUAAGAGCACAAAUGGAGUGACUAUCACAGUCACUGAAUCAGAAGAGGAGAAAGCCAAAAAACUACUUUACUGUUCACUAUGCAAAGUGGCUGUGAACUCCCUAUCACAGCUAGAAGCUCAUAACACAGGUUCCAAACACAAGACAAUGGUGGAAGCUCGGAAUGGUGCAGGUCCAAUUAAGUCUUAUCCUAGGCUUGGAUCCAGGCUGAAGAUUCAGAAUGGCAGUAAGGGCUCAGGACUGCAGAACAAGACAUUUCAUUGUGAAAUCUGUGAUGUCCAUGUCAAUUCAGAAAUUCAGCUUAAACAGCACAUUUCCAGCAGAAGGCACAAGGACAGAGUGGCAGGGAAGCCUAUGAAACCUAAAUAUAGCCCUUACAACAAACUUCAACGCAGUCCAAGUAUUUUAGCCGCAAAACUUGCAUUCCAAAAAGAUAUGAUUAAGCCCCUAGCACCUGCUUUCCUUUCAUCUUCUCUUGCUGCGGCUGCAGCUGUGUCAUCUGCUCUGUCCCUCCCUCCCCGUCCUUCUGCCUCUUUGUUCCAGGCACCUGCAAUCCCACCAGCUCUCCUAAGGCCAGGCCAUGGUCCCAUACGUGCGACUCCGGCAUCUAUCCUUUUUGCACCAUACUAAUUUUGUAGUGAUAAUAAGAUAACUAUGGCCAGUAGAAAGGGGGAAAAGGAAGCAAAGCAAGCAAGGAUUUGAUAUUUUAAAAUGUCUUUUUCUUUUAUAAUGCCAUGCAGUGUGACACCCCAGCAGUCCAAGUCACAGAAUUUUUCAUGGACAGGUACUGUAAUCUAGAAGCCUAGACAACAUCUCUCUUGCUUUUUUAAUUCAACUAAUUUGUCUGAGAUUGGUUUACCAAAAGCUUUAUGGCUCAUAAAACGAUAGCAUCAAGAUUUGUGAAUCUGUCUGUUGGCUGGGAGGGAGGUUAAUAUGUAUAUGAUGUACCUUGGAAACAAGGAACACAAAAUAUUUCCUGAAUGACUUGAAAAUUAGGGUCUUCCUCACUCACACAUAUGUAAAUAGGUCUCUGGAAUCCAACUGGGUACAUUCUAGUGUGAAAAAGGUAGAUUAACCAAGUGCUUAAUUGUGAAUAACAUCUUAAUAACUGAUUGCAUCCUUUACUUUUCAGUGUGGUCUUGUUGACAGGAAUUGUGUACUGUUUUAGACCUCAGUACUGGUGUUCUUGUGUAGUACUAGAGAUGUAUUGCCUUUCUGAUUUAGACAUUUUUAGUUGCUGUGCAAAUGUUUGGAAGCAAUGCAGCUUUGAAGCUUUUUUUAAUUAACGAAUUUCUCUUGUUUCACAUUUUAUUUAGAAAGAUUAAAAAUAGAAAGCCAUAUAACAUAUAGUUAAGAUUAGUACUUGUUUACUAUUUUCAUUUUAACUUAUUUUGUAGUUUCCUCACUGGUGUUGCUAAGCAAUGUUUAACAUUAAAAAAAAAAAAAAAGCUUUUUAAUUGCACAUUACCACAGCUCACAAGCAUUGUUCAAGAAGACAAUGGGCCAUGUAUUUAUACAUAAAUAUCCUUUUUCUUCAUUUCUAAACUAGUUUCCUUUGUAACAAUGCUGCAUAAUGUUGUGGCUCCCUAAUGCAAUAAUGUACAGAACAUAACAAUAUUUAUAAUUGACUGACUGUCUUUUCUGUUUACUGACUAGAUUGAAGUUCUGCCCUCCCUUGUCUCCUAUCCCUACCCCCUUUUAUAAAGGUAAUAUCAAUAUGCAGUACUCAGACUGAAAUCCUUAUGUGAUGUUGGGGGCAAUAGUAUAAUAAAGGAAUAAAAUAGUUAACUCUUUUAGAACAUCUUUAUCUGCAGUCCGUAAAUAGUAAAA